UGGCAGCCCUAUGGCUGUAUGAUGCACAAAUAUAAAAGCAUGUGAGUCACACUAAUGGGGGGGAAUGUGUGUGUGUGUGUGUGUAAAAUGUGUUACAUACUUUAGAUAGCAUUUUAACCAAGCCCACAACUACACAAUUGCAAAAUUGUUCGUCAGUUGUAGUUACUAUGUGCGAGUGAGUCAUUAGUUGUUGUUUUUUCCCACAGUGAAGCAAAGACUUGCCUUAAUGAGAAAAGGGUGGCCUUCAUUGGCGAUUCCAGAAUACGGCAGCUAUUCUAUUCAUACAUACAAAUAAUCGAUCCUACACAAAGAGAGAAUGGAAGAAAGGUAGGCUAAGUCCCCCUGGCAUAAAGCACACACAAACAUUAAACUCUAAGCUUUUGGCUGAAUCCUAACUUGAGAUCUCUGCCCUUGACAUCCCAUUGACAUCAAUGCAGGAUUAUUCAAAAGUCAGUUAGGAUUCACCUCUUAAGUGCAUAACUCUAAUUACUCCUGUAAGUUGCUCUGGAUAAGAGCGUCUGCUGAAUUGUUAAAAUGUAAAUGAGUAUAUAUAUAUAUAUAUAUACACACACACACACAGUGGGGAGAACAAGUAUUUGAUACACUGCCGAUUUUCCUACUUACAAAGCAUGUAGAGGUCUGUAAUUUUUAUCAUAGGUACACUUCAACUGUGAGAGACGGAAUCUAAAACAAAAAUCCAGAAAAUCACUUUGUAUGAUUUUUAAGUAAUUAAUUUGCAUUUUAUUGCAUGACAUAAGUAUUUGAUACAUCAGAAAAGCAGAACUUAAUAUUUGGUACAGAAACCUUUGUUUGCAAUUACAGAGAUCAUACGUUUCCUGUAGGUCUUGACCAGGUUUGCACACACUGCAGCAGGGAUUUUGGCCCACUCCUCCAUACAGACCUUCUCCAGAUCCUUCAGGUUUCGGGGCUGUCGUUGGGCAAUACAGACUUUCAGCUCCCUCCAAAGAUUUUCUAUUGGGUUCAGGUCUGGAGACUGGCUAGGCCACUCCAGGACCUUGAGAUGCUUCUUACGGAGCCACUCCUUAGUUGCCCUGGCUGUGUGUUUCGGGUCGUUGUCAUGCUGGAAGACCCAGCCACGUUUCAUCUUCAAUGCUCUUACUGAGGGAAGGAGGUUGUUGGCCAAGAUCUCACGAUACAUGGUCCCAUCCAUCCUCCCCUCAAUACGGUGCAGUCGUCCUGUCCCCUUUGCAGAAAAGCAUCCCCAAAGAAUGAUGUUUCCACCUCCAUGCUUCACGGUUGGGAUGGUGUUCUUGGGGUUGUACUCAUCCUUCUUCUUCCUCCAAACACGGCGAGUGGAGUUUAGACCAAAAAGCUCUAUUUUUGUCUCAUCAGACCACACAACCUUCUCCCAUUCCUCCUCUGGAUCAUCCAGAUGGUCAUUGGCAAACUUCAGACGGGCCUGGACAUGCGCUGGCUUGAGCAGGGGGACCUUGCGUGCGCUGCAGGAUUUUAAUCCAUGACGGCGUAGUGUGUUACUAAUGGUUUUCUUUGCGACUGUGGUCCCAGCUCUCUUCAGGUCAUUGACCAGGUCCUGCCAUGUAGUUCUGGGCUGAUCCCUCACCUUCCUCAUGAUCAUUGAUGCCCCACGAGGUGAGAUCUUGCAUGGAGCCCCAGACCGAGGGUGAUUGACCGUCAUCUUGAACUUCUUCCAUUUUGUAAUAAUUGCGCCAACAGUUGUUGCCUUCCACCAAGCUGCUUGCCUAUUGUCCUGUAGCCCAUCCCUGCCUUGUGCAGGUCUACGAUUUUAUCCCUGUCCUUACACAGCUCUCUGGUCUUGGCCAUUGUGGAGAGGUUGGAGUCUAUACAUGUAACGAGUUCAAACAGGUGCAGUUAAUACAGGUAAUGAGUGGAGAACAGGAGGGCUUCUUAAAGAAAAACUAACAGGUCUGUGAGAGCCGGAAUUCUUACUGAUUGGUAGGUGAUCAAAUACUUAUGUCAUGCAAUAAAAUGCAAGUUAAUUACUUAAAAAUCAUACAAUGUGAUUUUCUGGAUUUUUGUUUUAGAUUCCGUCUCACAGUUGAAGUGUACCUAUGAUAAAAAUUACAGACCUCUACAUGCUUUGUAAGUAGGAAAACCUGCAAAAUCGGCAGUGUAUCAAAUACUUGUUCUCCCCACUGUAAAUGAUUUGUGGCCAUGGUAUUCCUAAAAUAGGAUAGGUAGUUGCUGCACUCUCAAUCAAUGCUCUAAUCUUGAGUAGAGAAAUAGAGGGACAUUGACUGUUUUAUCCCUCGUUGUGAUGUCUGUCCACCAGCACGAGAACAUUCCCUUUGAAGAUAGGAGCUCUUCAGUCAAUGUGGUGAGCUAUUUAUGUAUCGCUCUUCACAUCUCCUCUGUCAGUCAACAAUAACAAUGUCAAAGCCCAACAAUUCCUUUUUUUAUUUCACUAUGUAGAUUUGCCUCCAUUAAAAUAAUAAUUAAGGCAAACAGCAUGUUUAUUUUGGGGAGUGUCCCGAUAAGAUCGAUUGUUUCCUGUUUUGUUGAUAGGACUUCCUGUGGUAUGCAGAAGUGAAUAACUCUCUGAAGGAGCGCUUGAUGUCAUGGACAGAGGUAAAGGCAAGCACAUGUAUCUAACACAGGGUUGGGGUCAAUUCCAAUUGAUUGCAGUCAAUUCAAAAAGUUUACUGAAAUUCCAGUUCAAUAAUUUAAAAAGGGACAUCCAUUUUCAAUGACUUAUCAAUAAACUGAAAGGUAGAUACCAUUUAUUUUAUUUUAAAUUCAAACCACUUCCUGAAAUGAGUGCCUUCAAUUCGAAUUGACCAUAACUCUGAUCUAACCUGCAGGGCUUGUCAGCAGAUCAGAGUUCAGUCAAAUCUACCAUAGAUUAGAAAUGUUUUAUUAUCUAAUCCGACAUAAACUGAAUCACAUCUUUGUUUACACAACAUAUGUGUCUUAUUCCUUAAAGUGAAAGUGUAUACUUAAUGAGAGAUUUUUACAAUGUAUUUUUAGUUUGACAAUGCAUAUGCAAUAUGUGAGAAAAAAUUUAUAUUUAAGUGCUGCUGUAUAAAUACCGUGAUGUAUGUAGGUUUGAUUGAAUUGAGCCCUUGGAAGAGCCCUCAGCUAUUUCUGUUUCCCGUAAGCAGACAAUACAUAGCAACAGUUUACUGCCAUUUAAGAUCACUCCAAAAUAGUAACAUGGCAUGAUUUAAUAUGAUUUCUUGACUGUGUUUCAGGAUCCUUCUGUAAAACCAGAUGUCGUCAUCAUCGGAGCUGCCACUGUUAGUGAAAUAUGCUCACUCUCAACUCUGUUUACCACAUAUUUAUCACAUUUCCUCCUGCAUAGUUUAGAUUAGAUGCAUUUCAUCAUUGAAAUCUCUAUCUCUCCCACAGUGGUCCAUCAAGUUGCGUGGUGGCAGCAGCGAGGCGCUGCAGCAGUACAGGGCCAACCUCACAGCCAUCUCCUUACCUCUGGAACAGCUGGCUGAGGAUGGGGAGGUCUACUGGGUUUUACAGGGUUCGUGCUUUACUGUUCAUCUACUAGUCAGUCAAAGAGAGACAUGAUGAUGAGUGCUUUGAAAGUGAGGAAUUGAUAUUGAUUACGCAUCCGUCACUCUUGGUCUCUUUCUUGUUCUCUCUCUCAUUUUCCCUCCUAUUUUUCCUAUCGCUCUCUCUCUCUCUUCCCUCUUUCCCUCCUUCUCUUUAUCUCUUUACUUCUCUCUUCUUCCAUCUUUCUUUGCAAUCUCACUGUCUUACUCCACCCUCCAUCUCUCUCUCUCUCUCUCUCUCUCUCUCUCUCUCUCUGUCUCUGUGUGUGUCUCUCUCUCUCUCUCUCUCUCUCUCUCUCUGUCUCUGUCUCUGUCUCUCUGUCUCUGUGUGUGUCUCUCUCUCUGUCUCUGCGUGUCUCUCUCUCUCUCUCUCUCUCUCUCUCUCUCUCCAGACCCUGUCCAUGAGGAAGUUCUGAGUGACAACAGGAAGAUGAUUACUAACGAGCAGUUGGAGCUGUACAACGAGGCGGCGCUCAGCACUCUGAACAGCAACAAGAACAACGGCAAGGCCAGAGUCAGGUUCCUGGGCGCCUCGCGCCAGGCUGCCAUGGAAACCAUUGCCCAAUCAGAUGAUGGCCUGCACCUGCCCGAGAGCACCCGGAAUGUGGUAGGUGUUUAGGUGGUCUGUCUGGCCUGGCACCUCUUCCUGCAUCUGUGUGAUCCAAAUAACAGCUGGCUUAAGGCUAAAAUAGAAACAGAAAUAAAGAUGUAUGUUUUGAACCAGUUUUGUGCUGAAAAACCAUCAGGCUCUAUGACUCUCUUAACCAGCACCUUGUCAAAUUACUCUGUCCAUCCCUUAUACCUUGCACUUUCAUUCAUUGAACAUUUGACAGCUUUUAUGUUCACCUGCAUUUGCCUAGUUAGUAGAUGAUUAGUGUGCUCAACCUUAUAGAAACAGGCUCUUUGAGGACAGGGUUCAAAGUACAAUCAACAGAAAGCCCUCUAAGUUGACAUACCUUAAGACUGCGAUAACCUGCGAGUCUGUUACAGCACAAGCCGCGCAUGGCUCAUUAUAACCUGCUCUCGGGGGGUAAGUUUCCCAUAGGUACAGAUCUAGGAUCAGCUUCCCCUCCCCCUAAUCCUAACCUUAACCAUUAGUGGGGAAAAUGCAAAACUGACCCAAGAUCCACAUCUAAGGGCAACUUCACCCUACACCUGAUAACCCUGUCACAGUAAACCUAACCUUUACCCUUCAUCCGGAGCCAGGAAAAGGCUUGCACUGUGCUGGAGUCUUCCGCUCUAUAAUAAUGUCCCUCUAUCCUCCACCAGGGUGCCAUGAUCCUGAUGAACGCUGUGUGUAACAAGGUCCUGCAGCCCAUCGACGGCUCCUGCUGCCAGUCCCUGCCGGCCCCCAACCUCCUCCAGAAACUGACAGCCUGUGUCUUCCUGGGCUCAGCCCUGGUCUUCCUGGUGCUCCAUGCUCUGGGCCACAACAGGUACACGCUCCCUUGUGGCUCAGUCGGUUAGAGGGGCAUGGGUUCGAUCCCCGCUGGGGCCACAUAUACUGAAACAUAUGCACCUAGACUAUUUUGUAUUUGGUCGCACUGGUGUUCCCAACUUUCAAAAAGUUAGGAGCACCACUCGAAAUUUAGUAGCGCCAGAAAAAGUGUUUUUAUUUGUAUUAAUUGUUUGAGAUACAGCCUAUAUUGGGCCUAUAUAAAUUCUAGAUACUUUUGAAGCACAUGUUGUGCCAAACUAAUAUGUAACACUGUAAAGACAUUUGUUUAUUAUAAAAACUAAAAUGUUGAUACGAAUACCUGUCAUUGAAAUUACAAAGUCAUUUGUGGAAUAUUAGGUUUCUACAUUGUGUAAAAGCACUAUUUUUCUAUUGAGAUGCAUUACAUUGAAAAUGGUACACUGUCUCUUUAAAAAGGUCAGGUUUGUGAUGAGGAUGUGCAAGAGAUCUGUUAUUCAUUCAUUGCUAUGGUCAUUGAUCUCCUGAAGAAGCUAUCCCUUUCCUUUCUUUCUGUCCCCCCAAAUGUUUGGAUAUACUGGUAAAGUUAAAAGGUUGUAAGCUAGCUGGCUAAUGAGGUUGCAUGACUGAACAAAGUGUAAACAAAUGGUUAACGAUGCGUGAGUAGUUUUUGAACGGCCCACAACAAUCUUUACGAAUGUAAAAUGGGGUCCCGGGGAGCCACUAUAGGAAGAUAAGAAUGUUGCGCUGGAAAUAUGGGUCAGAUCUUUUGACCUGGUUGGGCUAUAAACAAGCCGUUUUUGCUGUAGCAAUGCUGCAACCAUGACGCUUAUGAAUCUGCACUUGUUUUUUCCUAGUCGCAUGGUGCUUCCAAAAUAUAACUCCUGGUCACACAGAAAAAUAUUUUGUUGCAUAUGCAAACAAAUUGGUCGCACUUUAGAGUCCUGUUCAAAGCUCACUUGUAAAAGAGACCUGUAUCUCAAUGUGACUUCAUUGUAUUAAUAAAGGUUCAAUAAAAAGCCGCUGUACUGUAAGCCGCUUUAGAGACAUUUUACAAAAUGUAAACAUAUUAACAGGCACUGGAAGUCCCGGCCCACACCCCCCGAUGUGGAGAGCGGCGAGGAGAAGAAGCCGGCUACAGUGGCGCCGCCUCUCAGCCACAAGGCUCCGUUCCAGGCCGUGUGUAAGAUGGGCCUCAUCAUGGCUUACUUCUACCUGUGUGACCGGGCCGACGUCUUCAUGAAGGAGCAGAAGUUCUAUACCCACUCCACCUUCUUCAUCCCCCUCAUCUAUAUGUUUGUCCUGGGGAUAUUCUACAGCGAGAACAGCAAGGAGGUGAGAGGGUUUGGGAUGGAAUGUUUAAGGGAGUUGGAAGAAAAAGUGGUAUUCUUGGAGGUGGAAGCUUAGGCCUACAUGAAUUCAGAUAUGUUUUUGAGGAUUUUAAAUGAGUUGUCGUUGACUGCUAAACUCAAUCGUCCAUGUCUGACCUGAUAGAAGGCUCUAUCCUCUAUCUCAGUGAUUUUCUAUUUCCCACGUAGACCAAGCUGCUGAACAGAGAGCAGACCGAUGAGUGGAAGGGCUGGAUGCAGCUGGUCAUCCUAAUCUACCACAUAUCUGGAGCCAGCGCUGUGAGUUUCACCAUUCUUUAUUUAUAAUGAUGUGUUAACUCUGUCGCUUUGAAUAUAAACUAAAUGACCACAUUUAGAAUUGCAUUAGAAAGCCUUUACCAUUUUAUAUUUUCAAAGUGUUCCAACAAGGCAUGUAUCGUGUGAGUAUCCAUGUAGCCUAAUUUUUUUUUUUUUUUUACUGCGACGUGUGAUAAAGUAAAGGGUACAAGUGAAGGGGUGUGUGUUUAAAAGUAAAUCCUCCUUCCCAGUUCAUCCCUGUGUACAUGCAUGUCCGGGUCCUGGUGGCAGCCUACCUUUUCCAGACAGGAUACGGACACUUCUCCUUCUUCUGGCUCAAAGGGGACUUCGGACUCUACAGAGUGUGCCAGGUAACCAUAGGCAACGAUUGGGCUUUAUUAGAGUUAAUAAGAACUUACUGUGGUACUGGUUGUAGCUGCUGUACCUAUCCUAAGGGACAAAAUUGAACGUAAAAUACAUAACUGCUGACAUGUAGUACCAUAUGCCAUAGAAACAAUUACAUUUUUAUCAAAAACCAAAACCUGGAUAGUUAGCAACAACUGUAUUGAUCACAUAUGUGGAGGUAUUGAUAAGGAAACCCUUGAUAAGAGAGAUUCCGUAUGGUCUGGCCCAAGCUUACUUCACACAGGUUGUACUUUGGUUGUGCUGCAGUAUCAAGUUCCUUAUCUCAAGUCACCCUCUGUGUGUCAUUGUCAAACUGUUAAAAGCAUUGUCCGUUCAACCAUGCAAAACUAUUUAUUUUUAUUUCAUUUAGAUAAUUAUAAUUAUUUAUUAAGCAGGUUCCAUGUUUGUUCUUUAGAAUGCUUUGUUAAAAGUGAGAAUGGCCAUUUCCAUUUCCAUUUCCUGUGUUUGUCCGCUCCGUGGUGAAGUUUCCCCUAGGUACAGAACAAGGAUCAGCUUCCCUUCUCCCAAUCCUAACCCCAGAUCAGCGUAUAGGAGCAACUUCAUCGUACUCCUGUCUGUCCACAGGUCCUAUUCCGUCUCAACUUCCUGGUCAUAGUUCUGUGUCUGGUGAUGGACCGGCCGUACCAGUUCUACUACUUUGUGCCUCUGGUCACCUUCUGGUUCGUCAUAAUCUAUGCCACCAUGGCCAUGUGGCCCCAGAUACUGCAGAAGAAAGCCAACGGUCCGUAUGGGUCAGCCAUUGUACUGGACAAAUAGUAGUAGAAGUAAUGAUAGCAAAUACACCAGUGAUUUAAAAGCUAAGAAAUGCUUUGAUUUAAAAGUGUUUAAUUCAGAAGUGAUUCAUACUAGUGUUGAAUUGUGAAGAAAUUCUGUCCAGCACAGUGAGUGUUUAGUCAUUUGUCUUUUUACAGGUAGUGGGAUGUGGCACAUUGGGAUUCUAGUUAAGCUGCUUGGGUUACUCCUGUUCAUCUGCUUCUUUGCGCAUUCACAGGUGAGUUCAUCAUCCGGUUUAUUCACGCAUUUAGAGGCUUUAUCUCUCUUGAGAUUUUGAAUGGAACUAAAAAGUUCUCAACUGGUAUGGGUCACUGUUUAAGACCAGGGGCCGUAUUCGUAAAGCGUCUCAGAGCAGGAAUAGUGAUCUAGGAUCAGGGCCCCCCUGUCCAUGUUGUCUUAUCUUAUUUUAUCUAAAAGGCUAAACUGAUCCUAAAUCAGCAGGUUUAACUAACUGUCUAUCUCUUCCAGGGGUUGUUUGAGAGCAUUUUCUCAGUCUGGCCCGUCUCCAAGCUCUUUGAGCUGAACGGAAGCAUUCACGAGUGGUGGUUUAGGUGGAAGCUGGAUCGAUUUGUAAGUAGAUAUUUGAACGUGUUUUGACACCCUUUAAGUGGCUCUAUCCUAUCAUAUGUUCUUGAUGCGGUAUCAACAUAUCAUAGUAUCACAUCUUUCUUUAGGAAGUUGCAUCAAUAACUUGUCAAUAAUUUUUUUUAUUGUCACAUACACCGGAUAGGUGCAGUAAAAUGUGUUGUUUUACAGGGUCAGCCAUAGUAGUACGGUGCCCCUGGAGCAAAAUAUUGUUAAGUGCCUUGCUCAAGGGCAUAUCGGCAGAUUUCCCCCACCUUGGUGGGGCGGGUAUUCGAACCAGCGACUUUUCGAUGACUGGCCCAACACUCUAACCACUAGGCUACCUGCCGCCCUUGAUUAAUCUGUUGGUGGAUGUUUAAUGUUAGUGAUCUAGAUGGUAGAACAUCAAGAUUGUGGAUUUGAUUCCCACUGGAGCCACCCAUACAAACAUGUACACACACACUAAGUUGUUUUGCAUAAAAGCAUCUGUGAAAUGGCAUUUAUUAUUAAUAUUAUUAUAUAUAUUAGUAUCUGAAUGUGUGUUUGACUUUUUUAUGUGUCUUUCAGGCCAUUAUCCACGGGAUGCUGUUUGCCUUUGUCUACCUGGUGUUGCAGAAGUGCCAGGUCCUCUCUGAGGGGAAAGGAGAGCCUCUCUUCUCCACAAGGAUCUCCAACAUCCUACUCCUCAUCUCUGUGGUCUCAUUCAUGGUAAGAAGACCACUUUUGAUGUAUUUAUUUAACCAUUCUUAAACUAAUACUACACCAUAUUUUAGUAUUUAGUUUAUUAGUCCAUCAAUCCCCAAACCAUUGUGCUUGUCAGCAGUCCAGUUUUCAAGAGCACUUUCAGUACAGCGCAGAAAACUGUCAUGAUGACAGCAAGUUUUUGUAGUAUUAAUUUAAACCAGUCAGGUGAGUAUAUUGAGCACCUGUUCUCAUAAAUAAGGUAACCUCGUAAAAAAUGUAUUAUUUUAUUUUUUGUAAACGUUCACACUGAGGUCAAAGUAAAUCUCAGAUGGAAGAUGUCCCUUCUAUCCCUAUCUGAUGUACUUUUUCUCCUUGAACAACACUUUCCUAAACUCUCCCGUUACCUUAUCUUCCUUGAACAACACUUUCCUAACCUCUCCUUGUACAUGUUUUCCUUGAACAACCCUUUCCUAACCUCUCCUUGUACAUGUUCUCAUUGAACAACACAAUCCUAACCUCUCCUUGUACAACAUGAACAACACUUUCCUAACCUCUCCUUGUACAUGUUCUCCUUGAACAACACUUUCCUAACCUCUCCUUGUACAUGUUCUCCUUGAACAACACUUUCCUAACCUCUCCUCGUACAUGUUCUCCUUGAACAACACUUUCCUAACCGCUCCUUUUACAUUGUUCUCCUUGAACAACACUUUCCUAACCUCUCCUUGUACAUGUUCUCCUUGAACAACACUUUCCUAACCUCUCCUUGUACAUGUUCUCAUUGAACAACACAUUCCUAACCUCUCCUUGUACAACAUGAACAACACUUUACUAACCUCUCCUUGUUUCAUCUGUUCCAGACCUAUUCCAUAUGGGCCAGCAGCUGUAAAAACAAGACCGAGUGCAACGAGAUGCAUCCCUACGUCUCAGGGCUCCAGGUAAAUACAGUAGGAAGUCAGGCCUUGCUUACCGUUGGUCUCACAGACAAAGGCAUGCUCACAGUAGUUUUCCCAUACACAGAUUCACGUUUUGUUACUUGUCAAGUAGUUAGCACUAAGCUAAGGAGUUGGUGAACAUCUUUAAACAGUUAAUGCAUACCUUCUACCUUCUUCUAUGAAAAGUAGAAGUUGUUGUGUUGACUUUGCUAAAUCACCAGAGAACACAUCUCAUUUGGGUAGGCUAAAUAAUGGCGCCUGUGGCCUAGAGGGUUUUGUUGAAACUAGCAUUUAUCUUAAGUUUACUUAAGGAUAUACAGUACUUAAGUAUCCCCUCUUAGGCUAUGAUAUACCAAUGUUGUAGUACUCAAGACCAGUCUUGAGACCACAUAUUGAGUGUCUCGGUCUUGUCUCGGUGUUGGAUACAUUUGUACUCGGUCUUGUCUCGGACAGUGAGGACUUAUAAUUUCUUCCCAAGACCAGCGGAGUAAAAAACUCAUAAUUAUCAGCUUCCAUUCAAUCAGCGCAUAAAACCACUUCGCCAGGCCAAAUAUUCUUGAAACAUUAAUACAGUAUCUUAACAGCCUUUAUAUCUAUUAUAGACAUGUUUGCGCAGUGGCAAACCUAUAGGCCUUCAGUGUGUGACAGGUUCGUGAUUCUGAAAGGACAGCAACCGUAAUACCAGCACACUCAUGUAGGAAAGUGCACUUUUUGUAAAACACAAAGGGCCAGUGGUGUAGUGGAGGCUAUACCCAGGUAUAAUCCAUAUACCCACUUAUUUUUCAGUGGGCAUUGCGUAUACUCACUUCUUAAUCCAUACUGAUGCGUAUCAAAAGUAGUGUAGUGGAUGUAUACAGUGGGGGGAAAAAAGUAUUUAGUCAGCCACCAAUUGUGCAAGUUCUCCCACUUAAGAAGAUGAGAGAGGCCUGUAAUUUUCAUCAUAGGUACACGUCAACUAUGACAGACAGAUUGAGAAUUUUUUUCUCCAGAAAAUCACAUUGUAGGAUUUUUAAUGAAUUUAUUUGCAAAUUAUGGUGGAAAAUAAGUAUUUGGUCACCUACAAACAAGCAAGAUUUCUGGCUCUCACAGACCUGUAACUUCUUCUUUAAGAGGCUCCUCUGUCCUCCACUCGUUACCUGUAUUAAUGGCACCUGUUUGAACUUGUUAUCAGUAUAAAAGACACCUGUCCACAACCUCAAACAGUCACACUCCAAACUCCACUAUGGCCAAGACCAAAGAGCUGUCAAAGGACACCAGAAACAAAAUUGUAGACCUGCACCAGGCUGGGAAGACUGAAUCUGCAAUAGGUAAGCAGCUUGGUUUGAAGAAAUCAACUGUGGGAGCAAUUAUUAGGAAAUGGAAGACAUACAAGACCACUGAUAAUCUCCCUCGAUCUGGGGCUCCACGCAAGAUCUCACCCCGUGGGGUCAAAAUGAUCACAAGAACGGUAAGCAAAAAUCCCAGAACCACACGGGGGGACCUAGUGAAUGACCUGCAGAGAGCUGGGACCAAAGUUACAAAGCCUACCAUCAGUAACACACUACGCCGCCAGGGACUCAAAUCCUGCAGUGCCAGACGUGUCCCCCUGCUUAAGCCAGUACAUGUCCAGGCCCGUCUGAAGUUUUCUAGAGUGCAUUUGGAUGAUCCAGAAGAGGAUUGGGAGAAUGUCAUAUGGUCAGAUGAAACCAAAAUAGAACUUUUUGGUAAAAACUCAACUCGUCGUGUUUGGAGGACAAAGAAUGCUGAGUUGCAUCCAAAGAACACCAUACCUACUGUGAAGCAUGGGGAUGGAAACUUCAUGCUUUGGGGCUGUUAUUCUGCAAAGGGACCAGGACGACUGAUCCGUGUAAAGGAAAGAAUGAAUGGGGCCAUGUAUCGUGAGAUUUUGAGUGAAAACCUCCUUCCAUCAGCAAGGGCAUUGAAGAUGAAACGUGGCUGGGUCUUUCAGCAUGACAAUGAUCCCAAACACACCGCCCGGGCAAUGAAGGAGUGGCUUCGUAAGAAGCAUUUCAAGGUCCUGGAGUGGCCUAGCCAGUCUCCAGAUCUCAACCCCAUAGAAAAUCUUUGGAGGGAGUUGAAAGUCCGUGUUGCCCAGCGACAGCCCCAAACAUCACUGCUCUAGAGGAGAUAUGCAUGGAGGAAUGGGCCAAAAUACCAGCAACAGUGUGUGAAAACCUUGUGAAGACUUACAGAAAACGUUUGACCUGUGUCAUUGCCAACAAAGGGUAUAUAACAAAGUAUUGAGAAACUUUUGUUAUUGACCAAAUACUUAUUUUCCACCAUAAUUUGCAAAUAAAUUCAUUUAAAAUCCUACAAUGUGAUUUUCUGGAGAGAAAAAAAUCUCAUUUUGUCUGUCAUAGUUGACGUGUACCUAUGAUGAAAAUUACAGGCCUCUCUCAUCUUUUUAAGUGGGAGAACUUGCACAAUUGGUGGCUGACUAAAUACUUUUUUCCCCCACUGUAUGACUUAUCAAUUAUGUAGUACAAUAGAGAAAUCAUGCACAAAGUAGCCUACACAAUCGCAAAGCACGUGAAAUAUAUUCACAUGCGCGCCGCACACAGCCUAGUUCCAGCGGAAUAUAAUCUGCAGGCAGCAGGAGUGGGCAGCUCUCGACUGGUUUUGGCAUGGAGCAGCUCACAGAAGAAUGCCAUCGGUAGCAUGUAGGGUAGGAUAGACAUUUCAACUUAUGAUAUCUACCAGUAAAUGCUAACUAAGGCAACAAUGGGUAUGCAAACCAGGUAUUUAAAAAGUUUGGUCCGAAGUGUUGGUUAGUAGGCUAUUUGUGAUGCGCAAUUGUCAUAAUGCGCUGUUUGCAUCAGGGGCGUAGACAUACAACAAUCAAAUUGAUAUGGUUUUAAGCAUUGUUGUGGACUUAGACCAUCAAAUUGUUGUAUUUUUUAUAUUUUAAAAAGGUGUGAUUUGGACAGUGACAAUCUGAAAAAUCUAUAGGAAAACUCAUAACAGAACAUAAGAAAACAUAGAUUUUUCACACAGGGCCUUUCCUUUGCUGGGUGGGCCGUUUGGGAACUUUUUGGCAAAAUUAUAGUAUACCCACUUCUCCAGGCACCACUGCACCACUGGAUAGGGCCAAUGGAAAGACAGCAGUCACACACAGCAUGAUGUUAAAGGAUAAGCAGUCUAUAAACUCAGAUAUAAUAAGCCAGUAGGUCCAAAUCCUAAGAAUACAAAAACACAACCAUUAAGCAUUUCCCAAUCGAAAUGUACAGCUAUUACUACCCAUUGCAAAAAAUAUUUCGCAUUUAGCACACAAAGUAACUGGUGACCUAAAGUUUAAAGUGCAACUGACAGCAUUCUAACUACUUUGCAGAUAUGAAACAAACAGACAAUCAUAAUAUCAGUAAAAAAAUAUCAAAUUCCCAGUUUAUGCUACAAAACCAACUUUAUAAGAGGUUUUAAAAAUAGGUUCUAUUUGACUCAACAUUCCAUGACGUACACUGCAUUGUUGGCAGAAUAGAUAGAUGCAGUUUAAUGCAUGAUUAAUAUACUUCACCAAUACAUUUCUUGGUAGUCCAAAAAAGAUUGCAAUCAGGUUGUAAAUCACAGCUGGCCUUGUACAUUGUUUGCUACCUCCAUUUGGGAUGCACUGAUGCAGUUUCAAUGACUCAAUAUUCUGGACAAAAACUGACAAAUGUAACUAAGGCUGGGAAUGUCAAUACAAUCAAACUAGCAAGGGCAAUGAUUACAAUUCAGUCAUAAUGUGGCUAAUAGGCUAGCGUAUCUAUUUAUGUAGCAAGCUAAAAACACGGAGCCUAACAUUAGCUAGCUAGCUGGUAGGAGGAUGUCAUGCCAUUGGAGGAAUGGGUGAGUGACUGACUUUUUCCCCUCAUAUCGUUUUUUGGUGGCUAUACACAGAUAGAGAUGCAGGUGUCAUUUGGUUAGCUAGCAAGAACCUUAACGACUGUUAUCCAGUUAGCAUAUCUCUUGCGUUUGCAAUUUCACUCUGGUUACUCCGAUUUCAGAGCACUCUCGUCUGAGUGUGCCAGAGCGCAGAAUAACUGUUUAAUUUAUGAACGCGCAACACCCGCUGAAUAUGACCGUGUCAGUAAACGUAGACAAAAAAAGUAAUAGUUAGUCAAGAAUGCUCUAGAUAACAUGUGAACAGCCUAACAGCGUUCUCUCAUUUCAAAUCAAAUCAAAUGUAAUUUGUGAGCCGAAUACAACAGUUGUAGACCUUACAGUGAAAUGCUUACUUACAAGCCCUUAACCAACAAUAGUUUUUAAGAAAAAUACUUAUUAAAGUAUUUACUAAAAUAAACGGAAGUAAGAAAUACAUUUUAAAAAAGAAUGUGUCUGGAAGUAGCUAGCUUGCCAGUUAGCUUGGGUGCUUGGUUGGGACAAGCAUGACGAGGAGGCUACAAUUCCCCAUCGUUUAUCAGUGCAAUUUUGACGGCCAACUAGCUGAAAAAGUUUGAGAGGGUUUAUCUAAUGUUGCUUCGUUAGAUUUUAGCUCGUCUUGCUCUGGCUAGCAUUAGUUGUUGAUCUUGUUGAUGUGCAUAACUGAGGGAGCCUACCUUUUCGGGGCGGCAGGUAGCUUAGUGGUUAAGAGCGUUGUGCCAGUAACCGAAAGGUCGCUGGUUCUAAUCCCCGAGCCGACUAGGUGAAAAAUCUGUCUGUGCCCUUGAGCAAGGCACUUAACCCUAAUUGCUCCUGUAAGUCGCUCUGGAUAAGAGCGUCUGCUAAAUGACCUAUUUAUUUAUUAUUUUCAUGGUUGUUUGAUCAAUAGGACUGUAAAGUUCCCAAAUGUAAGAGGACUGCCGUGGUGUUUACAUAUUUGCAGAAAUCCAUUCAGGUGUAUUUUUUGGCGAAUGUGUUCUAAUGAUCUAAAGUCACGCUGUUGCAACUGCCUGUAAACACACAGUCCAGUUCAAAGUGAAUGAUGGCAGGCGCGUGUGGAAAAUGGCUUGUUUAUAUAAAGGCCUACUGUAGCUCUGAUUGGCUAUAGCGUACCGGUCUGUAUAUACUCCGGUUCUGGACAAGACAGAUGUUUUUAUUAGGUUUUAUUUACUGCAGUGUCUAUUAAUUGUCCAAACGCACGGACACUUUCACACUCUAUAUUGCUAUAGAAUUUUCACAAAUGCCUUAGGAUACAUAAUUCCCAAACAUUCUAAGAAUUAAUGAAAAUGUGGUCGCUUGUCAGAAUGUUUAAAAAAGUGUCAUUCUUCCGGGGGGGUGUAUAUGAACGGAUUUUAAUAAGAUUUCAUGUUGCUAAAAUGCUGUCAGUUCCACUUUAAAUGCAACAAUGUUUCACACAUGUUAUUUUCAAAGAGAUGGCUAACAGCAGCAAGCACACUGCAAUAACAAACACAGUUCCACUCACCAGAUGAUGAUAAUUUGAAACGUAACUUCUUGUUGAAAGUUAUUCUUGAAAAGGGAGAAGCUAACAAAUUAGCAACAACAUCCUAUUUGAUAACACCUGCUGCAGCCGCUGCAAAACUAGCCGACAACAAAAGCUAGCUAGUUAGACCGUGGGAAAACUACUGCUCGCCACUACAGAGCAGUAGUUUUCCCACAGUCUAGCUAGCUAGCGUUUGUUGUCGGCUAGUUUUUCAGUGACCUAUUGGCCUUCAAGAAGGCAGAAGUUUCCAUACGUUUUUGUAAAAACAGUCCCACCCAUUAAGUCACUGUGAUUGGUUGAUUCCACUGUCACUCCAAAAUGUUGCCCUAAUACAGUUGAAUGGCAGAUGCCUUUAUCUAGCUUCUGAUGGCCUAGCCAAUGGCUGACUUAGCUAGCUAGAUAGAUCUAUCUUCCCAGAGACCAGCAAAGAAAAAUCCUGAUUUUAGAACUUUUUUCUCUUCAGUGUUAACCCUUUCCUUUCCAACAAAAACUGAAGAGAUUAAAUCAGAACUUCAUUGAAAAUAAUAUUAUAAUUAUUAUUAUUUUAUAAAUCCUUAGCCCUUCUCUGAAGGGAUAGAAGGCCCAUUGUUCCCCACUGUGUUUGGGUUAGUAAUAAUUUGUAGAGUGGCUCUAUUUUCCCUCAGCAUGCAUUUGUUCAUUAUUUUGAAUGUCUAAAGAAUCCAUAUGUUGUUCUGAAAUAUGAACACAGAAAUACUGGACAUUUUGAACUUUUAUGGUGGUGAUUUGAAAAAAUUACAAUCAUGGUCUUGAAUUGGACUCGCAUUUUUCUGGUCUCGGUCUUGACUCGGUCUCGAACCCCUUGUCCCCCUCCCGGUCUCGGUCUUGACUCGGUCUCCGCCCUGCCGGUCUCGGUCUUGACUUGGACUGGAUUUGCUCCGGUAUUGGUCUUGACUCGGACUGGAUUUGCUCCGGUAUUGGUCUUGAUUCGGUCUCGCUUUAGGUGGUCUCAAACACAACACUGUGAUAUACAGUACGUAGAACAAAAUGACAACGGCGUUAGUUGCCUUCUACAAUAACAGGAUGGGUGUACUUUACUGUAGCUCAGCCAAAGAAUAAUAAAGAAACGUGUUUUGCUGCUCCCAAACGAAACAGUGAGCCGACAUUCUCUUGUUUCUAUGUAUUGGAUCAUCUUUUUGGUCCAGUCUCUGUUAGCAUUGGGAUGUGCUUAAACCCCCCCACCCCCUUAAUACAGUUGGUCCAUGCCAUACACUCACUGGCUGGAACAUCUUUCUCUUCUCCUCCUCUCAGAUCCUAGCCUUCAUCCUAAUCAGAAACAUUCCCGGAUACGCCCGCUCUUUAUACAGCUCAUUCUUCGCAUGGUUCGGGAAGAUCUCCCUAGAGGUAAGAUGGAUGCCGCUGGCAGGGAUGCUGCACUCACUGUUCAUCAGCAGAAUUUCUGUAUCUCUGUAUGAUACUUGUGAAUUUUGUUUAUUGCAUUGACCUCAUAAAACUCCCUCCCUUUGCCUCUCUCUCUCCGACCCCGAAGCUGUUCAUCUGCCAGUACCACAUCUGGCUGGCGGCGGACACCAAGGGCAUCCUGGUGCUGAUCCCAGGCAACCCCUCGCUCAACAUCAUCCUCAGCACCUUCAUCUUUGUGUGCGUGGCCCAUGAGAUCUCCCUGAUCACCAACGACCUGGCCCAGGUGGCCAUUCCCAAGGACGGGGGUGCCCUGCUCAAGAGGCUGCUGGCCGCCGGGGUCUUCACCCUGGGUCUACUUCUGACGUCCAGGAGCGCUGAAGGGAACCAGGGAGAAGGCCACUGAGGUGGGGAGGGGGGGUACCACAGUGGGGGAGAGGUAGACUGAUUUCUAGACUAAUGAGUCUGACUGACUGGUUAGUCUUCCAUGCCCCCAGGGUCGAAUUCAUUUGGCACAAAACGGAAGAAAAUGUACUGAUGGAUGAAGGGACGUCCUGUUGUGUUCCUUUUUAAACCUUUUGCUACGGUUUGCAUCAAUGAAUACAACGGAGGUGAACAGACACAGACCAUGUUAAGGAUAUGGCACUGCUGUCUGUCUCUCUUGACUGCUCUGCUCUGAGUACUGGGGUGAAAGUCGUACACUGAAGAGGACGAGGUCCCAACUUGGGCCCACACACCUCACUGAACAGCACAUGAGUAAGGUUCUGACUCCAUACUAUAGACGUUUACAAAAGAAGGGUGAGGCGGGGAUGGAGGGUCGGGGGUAAUGGUGGGUUCGAUGAUGUGUGGAUUUUAAACUAAUGGUGUCCCAAAUGGCUCGCUAUGCAGUGCACUAGUUUUGACUGGGCUCUGGUCUAAAGCAGUGCAC